GCAGCAGAUUCCAGGCCGUUCAGCACUGGGCUAGCUCCAGCACCAUGGCUGUCUCCUGCCAGGCUCUGCUGGCCUGCAGGAAAUACCUCAUCAUCGUCCUGGUGCCCCUCGUGUUCCUCCCUCUGCCUCUGGUUCUGCCUACCAAGGAGGCAGAAUGUGGCUAUGUGAUCAUCGUGAUGGCACUUUUCUGGUGCACAGAAGCUCUGCCUUUGGCUGUCACAGCUCUGCUGCCCGUCCUGCUGUUCCCACUCAUGAAUAUCAUGGACUCGACGACAGUCUGCAGGGAAUAUUUGAAGGACACCAACAUGCUCUUCAUUGGGGGUCUGCUGAUGGCCAUUGCCAUYGAGAACUGGAACCUGCACAAGCGAGUGGCACUGAGGGUCCUGCUCAUCACUGGGGUCCGACCAGCCCUCCUCCUGAUGGGUUUCAUGGCUGUGACUGCCUUCCUGUCCAUGUGGAUCAGCAACACRGCCACCACUGCCAUGAUGGUCCCCAUAGCRCAGGCGGUGCUGGAGCAGCUGCACCGCUCAGAAAUCGAGUCCAGCGCCGUUGACCAAGGGUCUGAGCACACCAACAAAGCCUUUGAGCUGCAGGAAAARUCACCUGAGAGCCUCAAAGAGCCCGAGGAAAAAGGUAACGCACACGUCCUGACUGUUGAGGAAGAGAGAAAGAGAAACGAAGAACUGAUUGAGAAGAAACACCUGAAACUCUCCAAGGGAAUGUCCCUGUGCAUCUGUUACUCAGCCAGCAUCGGGGGGAUCGCCACCCUGACUGGGACCACGCCAAACCUGGUGCUGCAGGGACAAAUCAACGAGAUCUACCCUACCAAUGGUGGCAUCAUCAACUUCGCCUCCUGGUUCUCCUUCGCCUUCCCCACCAUGCUGGUGCUGCUGGUUUUGGCGUGGAUUUGGCUGCAGAUCCUCUAUUUGGGCUUCAAUUUUAAGAAGAAUUUUGGCUGUGCUGCCAGCCCCGCUGCCAAAGCUAAGGAGCAACAGGCCUAUGACAUCAUCAAGGCAGAGAGCAAGAAAUUGGGCAAAAUGAGCUUUGCAGAAAUUGAAGUUUUGAUCCUCUUCAUUCUCCUGGUCCUGCUGUGGUUUACAAGAGAGCCUGGCUUCUUCCCAGGCUGGGCAACGGUUCUGUUCAACACAGAUGAUACAAGCUAUGUCACUGAUGCUACAGUUGCCAUCUUCAUCUCGGUUUUGCUCUUCAUCCUCCCUUCUGGUGGUUCCAGCCAACGCAGCGAUGAAGAGCAAGAAGGGGGCAGAGCGAAGUUCCGGGCGCCUCCGCCCCUCCUGGAUUGGAAAAUUGUUCACCAGAAGAUGCCGUGGAACAUCGUGUUCCUGCUGGGAGGAGGUUUUGCCUUAGCCAAAGGCAGCGAGGAAUCUGGUUUGUCUGCGUGGCUGGGGACCAAACUGACCCCUCUGCAGAGCAUCCCUCACCCGGCCAUYGCCCUCCUGCUCUGCCUCCUCAUCGCCACCUUCACCGAGUGCACCAGCAACGUGGCCACCACCACGCUCUUCCUCCCCAUCCUGGCUUCAAUGGCUGAAGCAAUUUGCCUCAACCCUCUCUAUGUCAUGCUGCCCUGCACGCUCGCUGCGUCCCUGGCGUUCAUGCUCCCUGUGGCAACUCCUCCCAAUGCCAUUGUCUUCUCCUAUGGACAGCUCAAAGUUAUUGAUAUGGCCAAAGCUGGGUUUGURCUCAACAUCCUGGGAGUUCUGAGCAUCACUCUGGCCAUCAACACCUGGGCUUCCCCCUUGUUCCAGCUGCAAACGUUCCCCUCGUGGGCGAACAAGACAGGGAGCUGCGCGUAAGGUGGGGAGGAAAAAGCCACAACUGCUCCUGUUGGAGCUGCAGCGAGAGCUGGACUAUCCCCCCAGAGGCAGAGGGUCAGGGAAAAGCCUUUUCUCUGCAAAAAGACCAGCAAAAUCAUCCCUUUGAUGACAGCAAUGAAAUGGCCCCGUUGCUGUUCUGUCGGCGGUUUUGUCCCCACAGUGGGAGGACGAGGUGACUUUUGGCUUUCCAGCCCUCCCAACCUUUACAUUUCCUGCCUCUGCAGGGGUGGUUUUUUUCCUCCCAGUGCUUUUCCAGCGAGUCUGAAAUCUGCAGCAAGGAAAAAGAGAGGUGAGUGAACGCAUAAAAGGAAGGAGAGAGACUCUGGGUUCCUGAUUUCAUGCACAAUCUGUGCUGUCACAACUCUUCACCUGUGUCUGUGGACAUGUUCAGGGUGUACAUGAUUGUUAAAUAUUCUGUGGGCACAGCAAGGUUURUGUCAUGUGAUUACAGAAAAAUCACUGUCAGCCCAUCCUAUUAACUUAAAAUAUAUUUAUUUCCAGUCCCCUUGUUAGAAAUGUAAGAUUCUUUUUUCUCCCAGAACAAUUUACCUGUUGUUAUUUAUGUCAGAUUCCAGCCUGCAAGGUUAUAAAAAGACCUUUCCUUGAGAAGGAGAGAAUUUCCU